AUGCGGAAGCACAAGAAAUCGCGGCUUGGAUGCAGAGAGUGUAAGCAGAGGAAGGUUAAAUGCGAUGAGACCAGGCCAUCUUGUGUCAAGUGCCGAACGGCGGGAAAGACGUGCUCAUAUGUCGGCAUGCAGAAAACCUACAGCCUGUUCCACCUCGACCUCCUGCGCCACUUCCAGGGCCCCCUCACAGAGGUCACUGUAUCAAGCCAGUCAGAGACGGAAAUCAUUCUUCGCGUGACCUGCACGCAAGCCUUGAAAGCACCCUACCUCAUGGAUGAGCUCCUCGCCUUUGCCGCAGCACACAAGAGCACUGUCUCUGACGACCCAGAGAUGAAAGUUCUCUACCAGAACGAAUCGACCCGCCUCCAGAGCCGCGCCAUCAGUCGACUCGGAAUCACUAAUGAGGACGUCACUGAGGACAACUUCCUCGCCCUGUUCUCCUUUUCCAUCCUCCUCGGCCAGCACGUCCUCUUCGACAUCUUCUCCAACGCCUCCUCCCUGCCCGGCGUCCUGGACAAGUUAGUGAAUUGCUUGGAACUGCACUCCGGCAUCAAAUUCAUCGUUGCCCAGUCCAUGGUAAGAUUCGGGAACAUGCUACGAGACUUAUUCCCCACGGACCCCGUCCACUUCCAAGUCGAUGUCACGUCAUCGUCUCACGGCACUGAGUGUGAGGACCUUCUCCGGCGCCUCGAGGAAAGCGAGCUGAGUGAGUCUACCAAGAAGGUGUACCUCGAAACCACCAAGAUCUUACAGUACCUAUUCGACACGGUGCAUACAUCGGAAAGUCGUCGCUUUGUCGCCGUUCAAGAAUGGCCGGUGCGCAUAACGCGGGAUUACAUAUCCCUGCUGCAGCAACGACGCCCCGAAGCGCUCGUUAUCAUGGCGUAUUACGCGGUCCUGUUGCAUCGGGCAAGGGACUACUGGGCCGUCGGAGACUCGGGGAGAUUUCUUGUGAAGACCAUCUCAAAUCACCUCGGGAGUUACUGGUCUGAGUGGCUGGAAUGGCCGAAUCAAGAACUUGAUAUGCCAUGA